UAGUAUGCCAUUUUGAGCAGAGUAGCUUCAUCGGAACUAUUUAUAGUCGGAUUUUACAUCUUAGCACUUGAACUUGUAUAAUUGUUGUUUAUCAUUUCUUCCAUCACUUCCUAGUUCUUGUAUUUAUACCCUGCAAAACUUCGCCUUUCUCCAUUCCUUUAUAUGGAAUUAGCCCCCCAAAGCAUACCCUUUGGACCAUUAUAUCUUGUGUCUAGUUAUUUACCAGGAAGUUCAUGAUCACACGUUCUUCCAUGGGUUCCAUUUGCAUGUGCCAUUUUAUUCUACCACUAACCAUUGCUGUUGUUGUAACUCUAGGAGACAACACAGCAGAAUCCUACUGGCUUCUAAAGAUUAAAUCAGAACUGGUUGAUCCAUUAGGAGCCCUGAGAAACUGGUCUCCAACAACUCAUUUUUGUAGCUGGAAUGGAAUAACAUGUGAUGUUGAUGAGGCACAUGUGGUAGGCCUUAAUUUGUCUGGCUCAGGAAUAUCAGGUUCCAUUCCAGGUGAGUUCAGUCACCUAAUUUCUCUUCAAGCACUUGAUUUGUCUUCAAAUAACCUCACAGGCUCCAUCCCUUCUGAACUUGGGCAGCUUCAAAAUCUAAGAAUACUGCUUCUGUACUCAAAUUAUCUCUCCAGCAAUAUUCCUGAAGAGAUAGGUAAUUUGAGUAUGUUGCAAGUUCUUAGACUAGGAGAUAACAGUUUGGCAGAUGAAAUCCCACCUAGCAUUGGCAACUUGAGUGAGUUGACAGUAUUAGGUGUAGCCAACUGCAACUUAAGUGGAAGCAUACCUGUUGAGGUUGGUAACUUGAAGCAUCUUGUGUCUCUUGAUUUACAAAUGAACAAUCUUAGCGGAUUCAUACCUAAAGAGAUUCAAGGCUGUCAAGAGCUCCAGAAUUUUGCAGCAUCAAACAACAUGCUUGAAGGAGAAAUACCCUCCUCAAUGGGGUCUCUGAAAUCAUUGAGAAUUUUGAACCUGGCUAAUAACACUCUAUCUGGAUCAAUUCCUACCUCUUUGAGUCUUCUCUCCAAUUUGACAUACCUCAAUUUGCUUGGAAACAAGCUAAAUGGUGAAAUUCCUUCAGGGAUUAACAGUUUGAGCCAGCUACAGAAGCUUGACUUAUCCAGAAACAACCUUUCUGGAUCACUGACCCUCCUUAAUGUCAACUUACAGAAUCUUGAAACUAUGGUUCUGUCUGAUAAUGCUUUAACAGGUAUUCCAUAUAACUUCUGCCUCAGAGGUUCUAAACUUCAGCAACUGUUCUUGGCUAGGAAUAAGCUUUCUGGAGGAUUUCCCUUGGGGAUACUCAACUGCUCCUCAAUCCAACAGGUUGACCUUUCUGACAACAGUUUUGAAGGUGAACUUCCAUCCAACCUGGACAAACUACAGAAUCUCACAGAUCUUAUGCUCAACAAUAACAGCUUCAUUGGAUCUCUACCUCCAGCAAUUGGAAAUAUCAGUAGCUUGAGAAGUCUUUUCUUGUUUGGAAACUCUUUCACAGGAAAAAUCCCAGUUGAGAUUGGAAGGCUAAAGAGGUUGAACACCAUUUACCUCUAUGAUAACCAGAUGUCUGGACCUAUUCCAAGAGAGUUAACAAACUGCACAAGCUUAACUGGAAUUGACUUCUUUGGAAACCAUUUUUAUGGGCCAAUUCCAGAGACUAUAGGUAAGCUAAAGGACCUAACUGUUCUCCAUUUAAGGCAAAAUGAUCUGUCAGGUCCAAUCCCACCAAGCAUGGGGUACUGUAAAAGGCUUCAGUUAUUGGCAUUAGCAGAUAACAAGUUGUCAGGUUCCAUACCCCCCACAUUCAGUUACCUUUCACAACUUAGUACCAUUACCCUUUACAACAACAACUUUGAAGGACCACUACCUGAUUCCCUCUCUCUUCUUAGAAACCUUAAAAUCAUAAAUUUUUCCAAUAACAAGUUCAGUGGUAGUAUCUUUCCUCUGACUGCUUCAAAUUCUCUCACUGUUUUGGACUUGACAAACAACAGCUUCUCAGGUUCCAUCCCUUCUAUUCUAGCCAACUCUGGAGAUCUCACCCGUCUCAGACUUGCAAACAAUUUUCUCACAGGAACCAUUCCUUCUGAACUUGGCCACCUCACUAAGCUAAACUUCCUUGAUUUAUCAUUCAACAACUUAACAGGACAUGUGCCACCUCAACUAUCCAACUGCAAGAAAAUUGAACACCUUCUACUGAACAAUAACAGAUUGAGUGGCCAAAUGUUGCCGUGGUUAGGAAGCUUGCAAGAACUUGGUGAGCUGGAUCUCUCAUUCAACAACUUCCAUGGAAGAGUUCCUGCCGAGCUUGGAGGCUGCUCAAAGUUGCUUAAGCUUUCUCUCCAUAACAACAAUCUCUCUGGAGAAAUCCCUCUAGAGAUUGGAAACCUUACUUCACUCAAUGUUUUCAACUUGCAAAGGAAUAGUCUCUCUGGCCACAUUCCAUCAACAAUUCAGCAAUGCUCUAAGCUGUAUGAGCUAAGGCUCUCAGAGAACUUCCUCUCAGGUAUUAUACCAGUUGGACUAGGAGCAGUCACUGAGUUGCAAGUCAUAUUGGACCUCAGUAGAAACCUCUUUUCUGGUGAGAUUCCGUCAUCUCUGGGAAAUCUCAUGAAGCUAGAAAGACUUGAUCUUUCUUUUAACCAUCUUCAAGGACAAGUUCCUCCUUCACUUGGUCAACUUACCAGCCUUCAUGUGCUAAAUCUCUCAAAUAACCAUCUUCAUGGCCUCAUUCCAUCAACCUUUUCAGGGUUCCCACUAAGCUCUUUUCUGAAUAAUGACCACUUGUGUGGCCCUCCACUAGCAUUAUGCUCAGAAGCUACGCGAAUGAAGCUGUCAAACUCGCAAGUAGCAGCAAUCAUAGUAGCCAUUGUCCUUACUUCAACUCUGAUAUGCUUAGUAUUAUUGUAUAUAAUGUUGAGAAUCUGGUGCAACUGGAAAAAAGUAGCUGUUUCAAGUGAAGAUAGUGGCAUGGUUGAGCAGAAGACAAGAAAUGGAGAGUACUGGAACAUGAAUUCCCCUGAGCUGUUUUCUUCACCAGAUAUACAAAUUUCAGCUACACCUUGCAUUUGUAAUCUCAAAAUUGAUGCAGCAGCCAGGGAAAAUACCUUGGUUAGAUAAAACCUACUUCUGAUAAUAAUAAUUAUUUUUUCUUAGUUCUCGUAUAGUUUUCUCUUUUUCCAUUUGAAAGAUGUAAUAUAUGGCUAUAUGCUGUUGUUUUCACAAUGUAUAGCACCCAAUCAUGCAAAAUUUCAAAUC